UUGCUCCUGGUGAAAAUUCUACGUUUAUUGUGAAAUUUAUCGCGAAUUCUGUCGUUUUCCGGUCGAUAAUCAUAUUAUUCCGCGAGUGAUCUAAGUGUUUGACCGACUCCCAGUGGAAUCAACAUCGGUGCGGUUGGGAUGGGAGUCCGAAAGUGCAUUAUCAAGGAUUGCCCUUCCAGUUCGGCUCGUACGGUAGAUCGGGGCGUGACUUACCACAAGAUUCCAGCGAAAGAAGAGGCAAAACAAAAGUGGACAGUUGCUUGCCGGCUGCCGGAGAAUUACGUCAUUAACAAGGGGUCGAAUGUGUGCAGUCGGCACUUUCGGAAGGCGGAUUUCCAGGACUUUAAGGGGACGAAAUAUGUGUUGAAGUCUGCUGCCGUUCCGACGAUUUUCUCCUGGACGAUUGCAUCCACACCGGACAAAAUGAAGAAGGAAGAGACGGCUGAGGAGAAGGAGGACACUAAAGUGGAAAAGGUUGAUGGGGAGAAAGCGAAGGAGGAUGAAGUGAAAGAGGAAGAACCUUCCACGUCGGUGGAAGUCAAGCCGGAUCCGGAUGAGGGGGAAGCUGAAAAGAAAGAGGUUAAAACAGAAGAGGAGGAGAUCAAGCAUGAAGUGGCGGAUGAUGAUAUUGUUUUGAAAGAGGACGCUCUGGUGCCGGUUCAGUCGACUCCGAAGCAGAAAACUCCUGCUUCCAGGAAGAAAGCUACACCAAAACGUGCAACAUCGACAAGGGCUAGUGCCUCAUCGGUCAAGAAGACUCGCCGAAGUGAUCCCACGCCUGCGUCCUCGACGAAGGACAGCAAAAAGGCAUCUCUUUUGCCACGGAAGUCCACAUCGGCCAUUUCGAACACCAGUCAGUCGUCCCAAAUUAACUUUGCUCCGGGGACGAAAAUUGAAGCGCAGGAUUUCUCCGGCAAAUGGCAUCCCGCAAAGCUGCUGGAAGUGGACACCGAAGAGCGGGAAGUGCUGGUUCAGUUCGAGAAGAAUGGGAAGAGCAAGCCCACUCUGAACGACGAAUGGAUUCCGAUGGACAGUGUUCGCUUGCGGCCGCUGCAGCUGCCGAGGACCCCGAACGGAAAACUGAAAUAUGCCAUCGGGGAAAAGUGUUUCGCUCGCUGGAGCGAUUCCAGGAAGUUUCGGGCAACCAUUCAGGCAGUGCUGGAGAACGACAUGUACGAGGUGCUGUUCGAUGAUGGAUUUAUUAAGGUGUGCAAAUUUAAUCACAUCAGCAAGCUGAAGAAGUCGUUAGACGUUAGCCAGGAGUCGGAGGAGGCCCCGGCUACGCCGAUCAAACAGGAGGAAGAUGCAUCCACAGCGGAACCUCCUCCGACACCAGUGACGCCAAUAGCAGCACUUCACGUUCCACAGGUUGCAAAGGUCAGCGACUAUCCGGAAAUUCCCAAAUCCGGCGAAUGGUGUUGCCAUUGGAUGAAUGAUUUUCCCAUCGGCGAGGAGUCCACCAUCGAGGUGGGAGGAGUGAAAGUUUACAGCGUCAUUGUUGACGAUUGGCGUCUCCCGGAAGGGUGGAUCAAACAUGUCUACCAAAGAAUAACCGCGUACGGAAAAAUGGAUGUUCUGUUGAUCAAUCCGGAAGGGAAGAUAUUCCGAUCUCGUCAGGAAAUGAAGGCUUUUCUCGCUGAAAAGGGCGAAACAUACGAUCCGAAUGUGUACGACUUUGGACUGCACAAGAAACGUUCCAAGGAAAUGGGCUUCUGUCACUACACUCAAGAGUAUCAGGACGCUCUGCUUCCGCCCCUGGUCCCGGCGGAACCGGUUUUGUUCAACACGGAAAUUAACAUCGGAUCGGUUAAGGUUGAGAUAAUCGAUAAUCUGCUCCAGUGUCCGGAGGAGGAUUGUCUGAAGACCUUCCGAAAGGAAAAUCAUUUGCAAAUUCACAUCAAACACUACCACAAGGAGCUGGCCAAGGGAUUGGGAGAGAUUCCCAAUAUGCAGGAUUUGGCCUCGCUCAGGACGCCGGUGGAUAUUGUCGAUACACCACCAAAGGCGACUCGCCGGAAGUCGGUGUCUGCUUCCGGAUCAAAAUUCUCCCUGAAGGAGGAGAUCAAGAAGGAGGUCGUGGUUAUUAAGAAGGAACCUGGCUUGGAAGCUGACGAGAAAGCUGAAGACAAAAGAGACGACGCACUGGUGGAACCGGCCGCCAAAAAAGAAAAACUCGAUCCAGCUCCGGGUGACAAACCGUCCGAAUCGACACUUUCUUUGGACAUCAAACCGGAAACCUCUACCACGUCCAUUCCAUUGGAUGCGUCGGCUUCCGCGCCAUUCGAUCCGGAAGAAGCCAUCGAAACGUACGCCGUUACCAAGCCCACCAAAGGUCCCACCAAGAUCAAGAUGUUCUCCAGCAAGAAGAAGUCCACCAAGAAAUCCAAGGCCGGGUUCAUCUCCAAGAAGACAUACAAGGUGGCUGCAGUUUCAAAGAAGAAGAAAAAGCGAAAGCUCAACCUAUCCCGGACUUCGAUGGACUACAUGGACGCUGAUGAAACGCGCCAUUCGUUCGUCACCGCCGGAAACGAUAGCUUCUUCCGACAGGGGUACAGUUUCGACACGGAAAACAGUCAAAUGACGAACGCCAGCAUUUGCGGUCAGUACGGAGACGAUUCGAUCAAUGCAGCUGUCAACAGCCCGAGGUUCAUCAGCGAAAACGGGGAGGUCAUCAAGAUUGUCUCGAUGAAGAAGGAGGAGAUCAUCAACUGUUUGUGUGGGUACGGGGAGGAAGACGGCCUGAUGGUUCAAUGCGAGUUAUGUCUCUGCUGGCAACAUGGAGUCUGCAACGGGUUCGAGAGGGACACUCAAGUCCCGGACAAGUACGUUUGCUACAUUUGUCGAUAUCCGCAAGGGGGACGCGAAUCUCGCCGGUACAUCCACGAUCAAGACUGGUUGUACGAAGGUAAACUCCCGGUAGCAAACUACCACGUUCCGAACUCGAAACACCCCACCCGUUUUGAUAUUCUGAGGCAGAGUCACAUGUUGGGUGGAAACCUGCUCGAGUUGAAACGAUUCAUGCACAGUCUGAAGGUCAAGAUCAACAUCGCGGGGAAGAAAGAUCACCCCAAAAUGUACCUGUGGUCGAAAAAGUGGGAAAAGAGUCCACCUCGUGGAGGCAAUGGUGAUCUGUCAGGAAUUGUUCCGCUGAAUAAUUCGCUUCAAUCGACCGGAACAUCGCAAGCGCUAGUGAAAUACGAACAGAAACCGAUUCCGGUGCCACAGAUUCCCGUUCCGGAAGCGCCAAUCGAUCCAGCCGAGUGUCAAGCCAUCCUGCUGGAGCACAUUCAGAAGCAGCAGAACGCCGCGAUGGCCCGACUGCAGGCCAUCGAAGCGCAAAUCAUUGCCCUGGAAGCGUACGACGACAAGGCGGAACUGCUCGAGUCACCAACGGCCAAGAACUACCCGAAGACGAAGCAGACCAUCCACAUGCUGCUGAACGACUUGGUCAAGAUGAAGAAGAUUUCGGCGAUCCACCGCAGUGCACAGCAGCCACUGCAAUAAUGAUAUGCGUUUUUUUUUUAUCAGUGGCGGAAAUGUCAUUUAUGAACUUUAUUUGCGUUUCAUGUGAGAAUUGCAAACCAUUUUUUUUCCUGU